CAUCAUCACCAUCUCACAGGGCGCAUCUGCAGGCUGCAGGAGCAGAACGAUAAUAAAUCAAAUAGAGAUGAAGGAUAGUUAAGUUUAAGUUGACUGGAAGUCCCGGAUAGUUUUUUUUUUAAUCACCGCUUUGUCACUUUCUGUCUCCGUUAGUUGGGUUCAUGAUGGGAUUACGCGUAAAUGGCACCUCGCGUUACGCAUUGGCGUGCGUCUAUUUAUUUGUUUUUAUCCUGCAAGCUGCCCAAUGUCAGAGGACUCCGGGGACGCAACAAGGAAACGACCAGAGAUCGGCUCUCCGGCAGACGUUACAGUGGUCGCACAAUGGCAAGAUUUUUAGCAUUUUGAGCCACGGUUCGGAGUACCAGCCGCCGAGACGGAGAGGCGCACAGACGGAGCAAGUGCAGUCGCGUCCUGUCACCAUCAUCCGUGAUGCGGACGCGAAGCAUCAGGACACCCAGAGCCAGCCGGUGGUCCAGCAGCAGCAGCAGCAGCAGCAGCCGGUGACCGGCCCCCGCAGCCUCCCGCCGCCGCUCCAAAGGCUCGUCAGAGGACACGAGCACCGGCAGCAUCACCAUGAGCGUCCCGGUGAGCGCGCCGGGACGCAGAGGAGCCGCAGGGUCAACGAGACCCAGGAGAAGGUCACCGUCAGUCCGCCUCUGCCCAGGAGAGAAGACAUGAUGGUCGGUGACGAUCCGUACGACCCCUACAAGUCCAUCGACAGCGAUAAUCCGUAUUACAACUACUAUGACGUUUACGAGAGACCGAGGCCGAGAUCGAGACCCGGAUAUGGCACCAGCUACCAUCAGUACGGUCUCCCUGAUCUGGUUCCAGACCCGUACUACAUCCAAGCCUCCGCCUACGCCCAGAGAGUCCCGAUGUACAACCUGAGAUGUGCAGCCGAGGAGAACUGUUUGUCAAGCUCGGCCUACAGGGCGAGUGUGAGAGACUACGACACGCGGAUGCUGCUGAGGUUUCCCCAGAGAGUCAAGAACCAGGGGACGGCCGACUUCCUCCCCAGCAGGCCACGCUACUCCUGGGAGUGGCACAGCUGUCACCAACACUACCACAGCAUGGACGAGUUCAGCCACUACGACCUGCUGGAUGCCACCACUCAGCGGUCGAUGGCGGAAGGUCACAAGGCCAGCUUCUGCUUGGAGGACACUUCCUGUGACUACGGAUACUACAGAAGAUUCGCCUGCACGUCACAUGUGCAGGGCCUGAGCCCAGGAUGUUAUGAUACCUACAACGCAGACAUCGACUGCCAGUGGAUCGACAUCACAGAUGUGAAACCUGGCAACUACAUCCUCAAGAUCAGCGUAAACCCGUACUACCAGGUCCCAGAGUCGGACUACAGCAACAACGUCGUGCGCUGCGACGUCCGCUACACCGGCAACUACGCCUACGUGUCGGGGUGUCACAUGUCACCAUAUUAAGAAACGAUAGUCAUCCACAGUGGAAGUGACGAUGAAGAGGACUGCAUAUGAAAAUUAAAGAUUUUGUAAGACGUACAUUCACUCUGUAAUUUAAAUACUCCCAGUUUAGAAGAAAAAAACAACAAAAACAAGUAGGAACCAUGUGUUGUUAUAGCGCCGGAUAAUGUUGAAUUCUUCUUUUGCUUGUGUGGGAAAACACCGUUUAAUCUUCUUACUGAAAAGCAUAUUCCUAUCUCUACUUUUCUUUCCUACAGUUUUCGUUUCUUACUUCUGCUGGAUUGUACUGUAUGUUUGCAUUUUGUGCCACUUGUAAGAUAGUUAAAGAAUAAAAUCAGUGAAGUUUAGACAAAACACAAACAUAUAUCAGCUCGAGGUGGAGUGCAGGACUUUUACGUAUAAAUGAACAUCCGCUACGUUUAAAUUAGGUGUUCAUUGGAGCGAUCGUAGUCUUGGAAAACGAUAAAUCAUCAGUGCACAUAGACACUGUUUGUGUAAUUACUCUCACUGCCAGAAGGGGGAGACAAAAGUUCCGCUCUGCAGGUUUAAGUCACUACAUCACAUUUUAAAAAGGAACCAGGUGCUUUAAGGAAAUUGUAUUUGUCAUAUUUAUAUGCAACAGAUGAAACUCUCUUUAUUAAACAUCUUUUGAUGAAACUUACUUGAAUAAAACUUUGUGAUAUUGUA